CUUCACAAGUUGUCCAUACUUAAACCCCUUCUUCAUGCUGUAUAUGAAUGGAAGGAUGAGAAACGUUCUCUGGAGGCAUUAAAGGCAUUUUAUAAAUGCACCUUUGAAAUACAUUAUAUGGCUCUAGAGUGUGAGGAUGAGAUUCUUAUUCGAGGUGCUAGACAAGCAAUAGCUAUACUAAAAACACCUCGUGAUACUGAGAAGAUUGAAAUUUCAUUAGGGAUUCUGGCCAACUUGUCACGAAUGACAUCCGUUAUUCAUAAGGCUCUGCGGAGUCGGUAUUCAAAGAGUCCUUCUGUCAAGCUAACGUCUCCUAUUGCUUACAACGCGACACUUGUACAACUCCUUUCAGUUAUUACUCAGUCAUUGUCGGGAAUCGGGGUUGAGAAAUGCACUUUAGAGACUGUUUAUCGCAAUCGUGUGAUAUUACGAUGUGCCUCUUUGCUUGUUCAAAAAACAGCGGAAGCUUGCUGUUCUUUGGAUUCUGAAUCGGUUGGCACCUCUGCCAGUCAUGUUGCUCGACUCGCCUCUACUAUACACUCUCUAGCUCGGCACAACCUCGAAAGUAAUAUUCAGCUUUCUUCUUUUCUAAGUAAAGUCCGUAAAGAAAAAGAAAAUAUAGGUGAUACUGCACAGGCAAAUGUGGUGAUGUCGUCGAUGUUGCUCACAGUUGACUCCCUGGACCUGUUGCUUGUUUGCACCGAUUUUUUCUCAACUGCCUCACCGAUUUCACAAAAAUCCCCGGAUAACACCGGUCCUCUAGAUCCGGAUGAAACACGCAUAGAUUGCACGCCCCAGAUGGCUGAAAUGCACCUCCACGAAGAGGGCUCUGUUGUGGGUCACCUUCACAAAUGCAGCGAUGCUCUUCAGCACUGCCUCGAGACUCCGACAGUUGCUCCCAUGUUGGCGCUUGUUCUUGUUUUGGGAGACGAAGUCCCUAGUGGAAUUUUCUGUUGUCGAGCAGCCGUUCUCCGUCUGCUGAAAAUUGCACUCAACUUGGAGAAAUUCUCUAUAUCUACGUAUAUCAAUUAUUGGUCAAAAGCAACUAUUUCGGGAUCGGAGGCCAUGGCUAUUUGUCAACAAAAAAUUGAGCUUCUCAAGUCAAACGAGGCCGUGCUGGAAGCCGAUGUGGCAGCCAAAACAGAGGCGCUGCGCGCUUCGGACGCGAUCGCGGAACACUUUCGAGCCCGCGCCCUCCUGGCCGAAUCGCAGGUCUCGCGUCUCCUGCGCCUGCAGAUGAGUGCCCUGGCCAACGCCGAAGACAGCCGAGCCGACAUGGAGGCGCAACGUGAGCACAUUGCUAGACUUGAAGAGGAGAAUAAACGCCUCUUUGACGAAUUGGCUUCUAAACAGAAGGAGUGUGAGAAUUUGCAGUCGACGCGGCUGAGUCUGCAGAACAAAAUAACGAACAUGCGUGACCAAAACAGAGCCAUGGAUGCGACCAUCGACAAUUACAGAAAACAGCUGGAUGAGGCGAAACAGGUCAUUCAACAAAAGGACACUGAGAUUCAACAGUAUACCCAUUUGACCCGCCUCAUCAAUGAAUUGACUGGCAAUAGGGUAUCUCCUGCUGACCUGACAGUGACAAAAAACCCGAGCUAA